AUGCUCGACGCAGCCAUUCAGCGCCGCAUAUCUGUCGCUGAAGCCCUCGACGACCGCUUUGCCGCUUUCCCUGUUUGGCUUACAUCUCAGCAUCGUAUCCAUUUCGGGCGUCCUAUCUAUUCCGCCGUUUUCCUUGCCGUGCCCUGCCUAAUCUUCCCCCAUCCCUUGGUAACCAACCUCGCAGGGCUCUCAUUCACAGUCUUAGCGACCAGGCUCUACCUUGAGCUCUAUCUUGGGCUCCUACCCUUUGAGCCUCAGUCGCCUCUUCAAAUUUCUGAACCGCAGGCCUGCCCAUCUCCUCCCUUCAGGACUUCCGACACUGAAGUCGAGCCACCGCCAGAAUACGAUCAAGUCGAGCCACUGCCGGCAUACGAUCAAGUGGAACCGGGACCGCCCGGGUUCGAAGAACUCUUCUAUCUCGACUGCGAUGCAGAAUUCUGGCCUUUCGUGUGGAGAGGACGUCGAAGGAACACAAACGCCCAAUACCGAAACAUCUACUACGAGCAAUGGCAGCUCUGA